CUCUUUCUAAAGCGGCUAACUAUCCUUCUUCGUUCCUUCCCCCUUCCUUUUAACUAUAAUACUAUAAAACCUCUCUCUAUCUCUCUCUCUCUGGCUCUGCGCUCACUGCUCAUAUUCUAGUUUCGGAGCUCAGAGCUAAAAAUGGCGGUGUUUCCAUCCAUGGAGGAUUUCUUGAAACAGUGUGAACAGUCUGGGGAUAAUGCAUACGCAGCGUUUCGCUCUCUGUUGGAGCGGUUGGAGGAUCCCAAUACUCGAACUCAGGCUCGAAUCUUCCUCUCUGGUCUCCAUAAGCAUGUCGGUGACUCCGAUCAGUGCCUUCAGAAGUACCAUUUCCGGAUCCAAGAUAUCUUCUUGGAACAAUACGAAGGUUAUCAGGGGAGAAAGAAAUUGACGAUGAUGGUGAUCCCUAGCAUUUUUAUUCCUGAAGACUGGUCCUUCACUUUUUAUGAGGGCCUGAAUAGACAUCCUGAUUCAAUCUUCAAGGACAAGACGGUUGCUGAGCUUGGUUGUGGAAAUGGAUGGAUAUCCAUUGCUCUUGCGGAAAAGUGGUUGCCUUCAAAGGUCUAUGGCCUUGAUAUUAAUCCUAGAGCAGUAAAGGUUUCCUGGAUAAACUUAUAUUUAAAUGCUUUGGAUGAAAAUGGUCAACCCAUAUAUGACUCAGAGAAGAAAACUUUACUGGACAGGGUGGAGUUUUAUGAGUCUGAUCUACUUGCCUACUGUAGAGAUCGCGACAUUCAACUUGAACGAAUUGUUGGAUGCAUACCACAGAUUCUUAACCCAAAUCCAGAUGCAAUGUCUAAAAUGAUUACCGAAAAUGCAAGUGAAGAAUUUCUGCAUUCAUUGAGUAACUAUUGUGCGCUUCAGGGGUUUGUUGAGGAUCAGUUUGGCCUAGGCCUAAUUGCUAGGGCUGUUGAGGAAGGGAUUUCUGUAAUCAAACCUAUGGGGAUUAUGAUCUUCAAUAUGGGUGGUCGUCCAGGGCAAGCUGUUUGUAAACGCUUGUUUGAACGCCGGGGAUUUCGUGUUAACAAGCUGUGGCAGACUAAAGUCAUCCAGGCUGCUGACACAGAUAUCUCAGCCUUAGUUGAAAUUGAGAAGAACAGUCCACACAGGUUUGAGUUUUUCAUGGGUCUUUCCGGAGAUCAACCUAUUUGCGCUCGAACAGCGUGGGCCUAUGGGAAGGCUGGUGGUCGAAUUGCUCAUGCUUUAUCAGUUUACAGUUGUCAACUUCGUCAACCGAACCAAGUUAAGAAAAUUUUUGAGUUUCUUAAGAACGGCUUCCAUGAGGUCAGCAGUUCUUUAGAUUUGUCUUUUGAGGAUGAUUCUGUUGCCGAUGAGAAGAUCCCAUUCCUAGCUUAUCUUGCUGGUGAAUUGAAAGAGAGAGAAAGCUUCCCUUAUGAGUCACCAGCUGGCAGCAAACGUUUCCGUAAGCUAAUUGCAGGAUUUAUGAAAGUAUAUCACCAUAUUCCACUCAAUUCCAAUAAUGUUGUCAUCUUUCCUUCAAGGGCUGUUGCAAUUGAAAAUGCUCUUCGAUUGUUCUCACCUCGUCUUGCAAUUGUGGAUGAACAUCUGACUCGACACCUACCUCGUCAGUGGUUAACAUCUUUAGCAGUUAAGGGUACAGAAAAUUAUGACCCGUCAAAGGAUUCAAUUACAGUCAUUGAAGCACCAAGACAGUCUGAUUUAAUGGUAGAGCUGAUAAAGAAGCUCAAACCACAGGUGGUGAUUACUGGGAUGGCUCAAUUUGAGGCAGUGACUAGUUCAGCUUUUGUUCAACUCUUAGAUAUUACUAGAGAAAUUGGAUCUCGUCUCUUCUUAGACAUAUCUGAUCACCUUGAGCUAUCCAGCCUUCCAAGUCCCAAUGGAGUCCUAAAAUAUCUCGCAGCAACUCGUCUACCUUCACAUGCUGCAAUCCUUUGUGGCCUUGUAAAGAACCAGGUUUAUUCAGAUUUAGAAGUAGCUUUCGUCAUUUCAGAAGAAGAGGCCAUUUUUAAGGCCUUGUCCAAGACUGUGGAAGUACUGGAAGGAAGCACUGCUCCAAUCAGGCAGUUUUAUUAUGGCUGUCUCUUCCAUGAGCUUCUGGCUUUUCAGCUUGCGGAUCGACAUCCACCUGCAGAGAGAGAAUGUGAAAAGGCCAAAUCAGUUGAGGCAAUUGGAUUUGCUAGUUCUGCAAUUUCGGUCCUCAAUGAUUCUGAAUUGUCAAUUAGUGAGGAAGAAGAGUCUUCCUUGAUUCACAUGGAUGUAGAUCAAAGUUUCUUGCACAUUUCUUCUCCUGUUAGGGCUGCAAUCUUUGAAAGUUUUGCAAGACAAAAUAUGGCAGAAUCAGAAAUUGAUGUCACUCCUAGCAUCAAGAAAUUCAUUAAGAGCAAUUAUGGAUUUCCUGCUGACAACAGCACAGAGUUUGUAUAUACGGACUUCACACAAUCCCUGUUUAAUAGACUGAUCCUCUGCUGCAUCCAAGAAGGUGGAACAUUCUGCUUCCCAGCUGGCUCAAAUGGGAACUAUGUGUCUGCUGCAAAAUUUCUAAAAGCAAACAUUGUGAGUAUCCCAACUGACUCUGCAUCAGGUUUCAAGUUAACAGACAAGCUGCUUAAUGGAGCACUUGAUACUGUGAAUAAGCCAUGGGUGUAUAUUUCUGGUCCUACAAUCAACCCUUCAGGCUUGCUAUACAGCAACAAAGAGAUGGAGAACAUAUUGACUACUUGUGCAAAAUUUGGGGCACGAGUUGUAAUUGAUACUUCAUUCUCAGGAUUGGAAUUUGACCUGGAAGGAUGGGGUGGCUGGGAUUUAGAGGCAAUAAUAUCAAAGUUGAAUUCCUCUGGCAACCCAUCUUUUUGUGUAUCUUUGCUUGGAGGACUGUCUCUACAGAUCGUUAGUGGAGUACUCAAAUUUGGGUUCCUGGUUUUAAAUCAGCCUUCCUUGGUCAAUGCAUUUUAUAGCUUUCCAGGAUUAAGCAAACCUCAUAGCACAGUCAAAUAUGCUAUAAAGAAGUUGCUAGGUUUGAAUGAGCAGAAAGAAAAAGACCUAACAGAUGCUGUUGCAGAACAAACUAGAAAAUUGAAAUCCAGAUCCCGGCUCAUGAAAGAGACACUAGAGAAAUGUGGGUGGGAGGUGAUCCAGCCUUGUGGUGGUGUGUCCAUGAUGGCAAAGCCUUCUGCCCACCUGAACAAGGUUGUUAAGAUCAAGCAUGAACCUCAUGGUGAUGCGAAAAAUGCCACCACUUACGAAGUUAAGCUUGAUGACUCUAAUAUCAGGGAAGCCAUUCUCAAGUCCACAGGUUUAUGUAUCAACAGCGGCUUAUGGACUGGUAUUUCUGGCUACUGCCGCUUCACAUUUGCUUUGGAAGAAAGCGACUUUGAGCGGGCAUUGAAUUGCAUAAUUAAAUUCAAGGAUGUCGUCAGUAAGUAAAACGACUUUCAAUAAUUAUAUGUUUAUCUGAUUCAUUGUUUUCAUGACCAAGUGUCAUGAAAUAAAGCAAAUCUGCAGUUCAACUCACAGAAUUCAUAGCAAUUUAUACGGGCCAGCAUCAGCUGACAAUCCAUGUUUCUUUUCUGAUUGGAUUUCGAUUCAAUUACCAAUUUAUAUGAACUGUGGAAGGUGGAAUUUAGUGAAAUCUGGUUCAAUGUUUACUUUGUUUUCUUCCCCUUGCACAGUAUAGUUUCCUAACACUGAUGUUUAUUUAUGAUUGUUCCUGAAAAAUUUUUUAUUCUUCUAAGUCAAUUUAAUGAAGCAGUUUAAUUUUUAAACUCUA